AUGUCAAAUAUUUUGGCAUGUUACCAACUCCUAGAACUCAAUGUCAUAUCCGCACAAGAUUUAGCCGAGGUCUGUCGCUCCAUGCGAACUUACGCGGUUGCAUGGAUGGAUCCUGACCGCAAGCUUUCCACCCGGGUUGAUUCGCAAGGUGGUACCAACCCGGCGUGGAAUGAUAAGUUUGUCUUUCGGGUUGACGAAGACUUUUUAUAUGACGAAAACUCAACGAUAACAAUUGACAUCUACGCCAUUCAUUGGUUCAAAGACAUCCAUGUUGGUACAGCCGUUGUCCUCUCUGAUGACAUUGUCCCACCAUCACGACCUUCUCAUAGCAAUAACUAUAAACCUCCUGGCAUUAGGUUCGUCGGGCUUCAGGUCCGACGACCCUCCGGCCGCUCGAAAGGUAUUCUGAACGUUGGCGUGGCAGUUCUCGAUAGCUCUAUGCGAAGCAUGCCUCUUUACACACACAAUAACACCCCGUCCAUUGGAUAUCAUAAUGAUCAUCACAAUCAGCAAAACCAUGAAGCCAUGCCAGAGAUUCGACGCUCGAAGAGUGACACGAGCUCGAUGAUCGCCUCAGAAGUAAUGGAGCAUGAGAAACGACUCAAGGCUAAAAGGGGAAAAUCAAGUUCCCAAGGUACGGCUUCAGAAGUUAGCUCAAUCAGCAAGAAAAAAGCUAUGUCUACAUUGAGCGGCUCAGACGUGAUGCCUAAGAAAACCUCAAAAAAGAGUAAACCCGGCAAAACACCAAGAAUUUAUCCAAAAGAAUUCAAUGAACCAGCUAAAGUUAGUUAUGACUACGAAGUUAAACCCUCGCCGAAGCCGCAAUUUCAGAACACUCCGGGGAGGAGUUACAACAAAGGUGGCGUACGCGCCACGCCACUACAUGCAUUCGCCGUACAUAAUGCAGCCGCGAAUGCAAUGGAGUACGGUACUCCAUACAGAACAAACAAAGGGCACCACCGUCUUAUGAUAACCGACUCUGAAUUAGGUCCGUCGGCAUCAGAAGUUGCGGCGAUAGUGGCUAGACAGCCUGUGAUGGACGAAGGAGAGAACUCUACAAUAGGAGGAUGGAGCUUGGACGAGAGUGUCGAAGAACUGAAACCUAAAAUUGAUAGGUGGCGAACCGAAUUGGCACCGGUGUAUGAUGGUGGAGAGAUGUCAAGCAGGCUAUCAUCUAGCAGGAAGAAAGGGAAGCAUUCACGUAGGAAUACGGAUGGUGACGGUGGUGGUGGUGGUGGAAAUGGUUUAUUCUCUUGCUUUAGUGUUAUUUGUGGUGUUGAAUGCUCGAUUGUCUGCGGCGGCGACAAGAAGAAAAAUAGGCUUCGCCGGAAUCAAUCGGUGCAGGAUAGUGCAAGCUUUGCAUAA